AUGCCGCUGCUUGAGUCUGCCUCCAAGCACAAGUUCCGGUGCCUCGUCGCCCACAAGGAGGCCGACGGGGUCUUUCUUCCUGGCGACGAGUUCGUGUAUACGAGCGGGUCGCUUGGGAAGAGAGACCCGAGGGACCGGAGUGACCCUCUGGUCACCCGCUCGGUCCGCCCUGCACGACAGCCGGCAGGAGAUCUCAGGCGGAGCAAGAAGCCUGAGAACUUCUUCUGGGAGAUCUUCUCGCCGGCCGGCGCGUGGGUGCUACUGGGAGAAGCCAGUGGACCCAAUGGCGUGGAGAAGUUGAUCCUAGAUCGGGAGGCCGGAUGGAAUCACGGCUAUAGCAGCGAGCCAUGGAGGAGGUUCGACGUCCUGCGGUGGGAGUCUCAGUCCCUCAAGUUCUUAGGAACUCUCGACGAUGUUCGAAAAAAUUGGUACGACGGCAAGCAACGGCAGCUGGCCCCAACCUCUCCUCCUGAGGCUCCUCCUGCUGAAGCUCCCCCUGAGACCCCUGCUGAGACUCCUGUCGUGGCUCCUCCUGUUACUCCUCCAGUCAAUGCGAAUAUCGAUCCGAGCCUUGACAGCCUCGAUCUAGAUGCUCAAAUCGUCGGCCUAUACCCUCAAAACAUCGACCAAGAUCCUGAAAAAAUCGAUCCAAAUUCUGAAAACAUCGAUUUGGAUGCCGAAUACUUCGACCCAGAUCUUGGAUACUUUGUCAGAUACCUUCAAGACUUCGAUCCGAACGCUUAUGCCGCCUGA